AUGCUCGGCGGCCGUGGCUUGUCAAGAUCCGCCGUGAUAGGGAAGGCAGGAAGCUUACGACCGGUUACUUCCUUCGUGUCUGCUCGUUCACUCUCACACAUUGCCACUCGCCCAAUUCCAACUGUUUGCCGAGGAGCACAGGCACGACUCGGAACUAACUCGUCAUGGAGGCCGAUCCCUAUAUCUGGUCACUCACUCGCCCGUUUUAAUUCCACGUCGACGGCUACAGUCUCUCCCAUUACUGAAAAUGCCGCCCAAGGUACAGUGACUACUACGACAAGUCUUGAUGGAGUUCUCCCCGAACUCAGCGAAAUUCCUGAACAAAUUGGCUAUUUGAAAACGCUCGGCCUCGACUAUGGCUGGGGCCCGUCGUCUAUUAUGGAAUGGGCCAUCGAACAUAUUCAUAUCUGGGGUGGCAUGCCCUGGUGGGCCAGUAUUGUGGCAGCUGGCGUUUUACUGCGUCUGGCUCUAUUCAAACCUUCAGUAACCGCUGCCGAGAAUGCCGCGAGAACCAUGCCUGUGCAAGCCCAGCUCUCCGCCCUCAGAACAGAGCGGAUUUUAUAUAUAUCCCAGGGGAACCAAUUGGCGGCCGCAAAAGUCGAAGCGCAAUCGGAAGAAAUUAGGAAGUCGCUCGGUAUCAGCAUGUGGAAGAGCCUCAUUCCGUUGCUUCAACUACCCUUUGGUUUCGGUUGCUUCCGAGUCGUGCGAGGCAUGACCAACCUCCCAGUUCCUGCGCUUGCGGUGGAACAGGCUGGCUGGAUAACUGAUCUUACGGUUUACGAUCCUCUGUACAUACUUCCUAUCGCAACAACAGCUUUUAUGUAUUACUCUCUCAAGAAAGGAGCAGACACAGGGAUGAACGAGAUGAUGAGAAGUAAUCUCGGUAGAGGAAUGAUUAUUGGGUUACCGGCAAUGUCUUUGCUAUUUAUUUCCUGGCAACCCGCUGCUCUUCAGAUGUAUUUCGCUGCCACCGGCCUCUUCGGUCUAGUCCAGGCAUAUCUGAUCAAUACCCCAUCCACACGCACCUUGCUGGGAAUAUCACCGUUACCCCCGAGAAACAGCGUAUCGCUUGAUUCCAGACAAGCCCAACUUCGGAUGAUUCAGGACAAAAUGACUGCUGUGCGAACACAGCUGAACACAGCGUCCGAAACGCAAGCUUCCGCUACGAAAGCCCAAAAUAUCAGCUAUUUGGAUAAGAUGAUCAACAACACCAAACAAAACUUUUCUAGUAUGACAACCGGAAUGAGCGAAAGUUUAGACAAUCUCAGAGGAGGUCCAAAAAACCACGACGGCACGCCGGCUCCCAAGCCCCGUUUAACGGACGAAGAGCGAAGAGAGGCUGAGAGCUACAGGCUAUUGCGCGAAGAAGAAGAUAACGCUAUUCGCAAUCAACGCAAUGAAGCCCUUAGGCAAAGCAUGUUCAGAAAGAAGGAGAAAAAUACAUCUAAAACAUGGCGGGGAGUGAAAGAAGUAACCAAAAAAUCAACGUCAAAGCCAGACCCGAAAGCCAAAAUGAGGGCAAAGAAUUAA